CUGCGACAAAUCUUCCACCAGAAGGUGCACCUGAUCACCCACCAGAGCAUCCACACAGGUGAGAAGCCCUUCACGUGCCUUGAGUGUGACAAGAGCUUCAGACAAGAGCAUCCACGCUAGCGAGAAGCCCCAGAAAUGUGCCUCCUCUCGCCUCGGCCGCUCUCCUCGAACGGCCCCGCCAUCUGCAGCCCGAAGCACGGCCGGAGCCCCCGCCUCGCCCCCCGACACCCCCUCUGCCCGCAGCUCCGCCGCCGACAAGGACGGAGACGACGAAAGGGUUCUGGGGCGGAAUUGGUGUCUCUCGAGCAGCCCAGGCUCCAGGCGGGCACAGCCCAGAGCGGCUCUCGCUGCAGCAGCGCCUGGGGGGAAAUUGCGAGGCCCCGAGCGGCCCCGCUCCGGUCGAGCCUCAGAGCGCAAUCAGCAUCUGCUUUGGAAGGGAAGUGGUUUUUUCCGGCCUGGCCGCCCCCCACCCCCACGCAACCCCCCAGGCUCCGAGCCCAGUGCUGGCGCCAGCGAGUCGGAAGGAGCGCGGGGUCCCAGAGCAUCCCAGUCCCGGAGGGCUCUGCAUCCCAGUGCCCCGGGCCCGGGGAAGAGCAGCCCCGCAGGCAGGCUGGCCCUGCAGCCCCCGGCCCCUCUGCGGGCAGCCCGGCUGCGAGAAGGGCACUGCCAGGCCUGGCGGGGGAGCGGCGACCCCGGGGCUGCCGGGUCCGGCCUGGCGGCGUCAGGGUUGGGGCAGAGGGGGCCGGGCAAGGCGCGGCGGGGCGAGCUGAGCCGGGCGUGCUUCGGGCUGCGGAUGGCGGGGCCGUUCGAGGAGGUGGCCGUCUACUUCUCCCGCCAGGAGUGGGCAGAGCUGGCGGGCUGGCAGCGGCGGCUCUACCGGGAGGUGAUGCUGGACACCUACGGAAUGCUCGCCUCGCUGGGUUGGGACACCGUUAAGCCCGAGCUCAUCUGCAGGUUGGAGCGACGAGAGACGCCGUGCGUGCCAGACCCCCCCGGGGCGCGGCAGAGACACCGCAGCCCUGUGCCGGGCGGGUCCCGGGGGUCCCCUGGGGGCGUGGGGGGUUCCUCCAGCAGGAGUUUGGGGGAAUCAUCCCAAGAUGAACCAAGCAGGAGCUC